AUGCCCGCAGUGAAAGUAUUCAACAUAUUCGGCGGACAGAAGCCGUCGGAGAAGCACCCUCCCUCCGCUUCCCCUGUGCAACAGGGCGCGUUGCAAAAGUUCUACAGGACUUUUUCAGUCGGUCCAGAACCCUCACCCGAGCAUAAAGGCAGCAAAGUGACCGCGAUCGCUGCCUGCCUCGAACGUAGGAUCAGUGAACCUGUGAAAAUUAACAGUGAUAACGUGCAAAAGUUUGUUUCUAAAGUAAAUAUUAGCGACUCUGUUGUGAAUAACAAAACUGACGAACAGACGCCGAGCCGUCACGUGUACGAAAACGUAAACAUUACCGGCGAUAAUAAUGUGGUGCAAGACAAUUUACUUGAAGAAACCAAGGGAUAUUCUUCUAUCUAUGAAAACGUAACUAUUCUGAAAUCUGAGCCUAAAGCCCCAGGUACGACUAGCGCUGAAACAAAAUUAAAUAAGGCUUUGGAAUCGUUCGAUAAAAUCUUGUCGGAAUUCACUUGCACGUCACUUACUUCCGAUGUGAAAGCUACUAAGAACACUUUUAUUCCGCCUAAAUUGCAAAAGUCUAAGACUUGUAGUAUUAUUGAGUCACGUUGUAUAUUAAAAAAGACUAAUUCGGACCCCGAAAGUGAUUGCAAAGCAAGAAAUAAAGUGGCUCGUAACAAUUCAAUAGAUAAAACUACGAGUUUGUGGAACUUAGACGACAUGAAGGGGAAAGAGUUGACUGCUCCGCUAGUGCCCUUGACUGCGACACCUACUAAUGACAAGAUGAAUCCUGAUAAGUAUGCUACGUAUAAAAUUACAUCAAAGAACUCGCCUCGGCCAAACUGCUUCAAAGCCGAAGAUCUUAAAAAACUGGACGUAAAAACCAGAAUACUAAAGAAAACUUUAUCUAAUCCACCGUCGACACCCGUUCCGGUUGUCUCUAAAACGAAACCAGUUAUGAAAAAAGUUGAAAAAAAAGUAAACGACCCAAAGAAAACAAAACCUAAAACAUGCACAGAUAAUGGAUCGUUAAACAUAAAGAUUAGUUUAGAAAGUAAAGAGACCCCAAAAUCACAAAUGCAGAAAGCUAAAAGUGUGUGGGAAAUAGGAAGCGAAUAUGUCAUUUCACCCGGCCUAGAGAGAACCAAAUCAACGACUUCUAUUGCGGGCUCUCCCAGUAAGAUUCCAGUGAUAAGAAGUCAAAUGUCGCACAACAAAUUCAGCAGUACCAGGGCGCUUUUUUCUCCCACUCCGGUUGAUCUAAGUAAUGUAGACCAGGCCAGAGAGUGUGCUCAGAAAAAGAAACCGCUCGCGCCACGAAAAAACAACGAAAGAUCUGACGGAAACAAACAAAUAAGACAAAAGUCACUGCUCAAUCUUAAAUCAGACGUAAAACGACAAAACGACAAAUCUAAGAAAGAGCCGGUUGAAACUAAACGAACAGUAUUGACAACGAAAACAACUUUAAAAGACUAUUCUGAUGAAAUUAAUGCCGUGCGAGCCAAGUUGCAGCACAGAACGAUCAACAAAAGAGAUAUAGUAAUCGUUCCGGAUACCAAACGAAAUGAAAAUGAAUCGGAGGAAAUCGAUUCGACAUUGUCACCUGUCAAGUCUAUUGUGAAAAAACUCGAACUAAAAACGGCUAAAGAGUUGAAAACCGAAGCCUCUCAGUUUAUCAAUUGUAAGGUAAUCCCGCCAGUGCACAAGGAGCUAUGCGUAGCGAACACUACUUUCCACAAUCAUUUGAGCACACUCGUCGGCCGACAAGUCAAAUACGUUGAGGCAAGAGACGACUCCAAAACAUGUUCGCAGGUCGAGAAGCUUACUCUACACAAACAAACCGACGAGAAGAUAUCCGAUACACACUCGGACUGCAGUGACGACUCAGGUCAUGUUUCCAACGACGCUGUGCACGAUAACGACGUAGCGUUUGAUAACGUGCACGACCUGAGUCCCGUGCAUAGUGUAGACGAGGUGGAUUUCAAAGUGUUCGAUGGUCCCAAGCAGUUUGGGAUAGAUUUGUCGGAGAAUGCAAAGAGCGUAUGUCCCGUGCGGCCUGCGAGGCGGAGCGGGCGCAGCAACGAGGUCGCUAGCGGUACCCGCGCCACCGACGUUCCGAAAGUGGACGAACAGAUUAUGUUCAGAGGUGGCGUCGUUGGCGAGCUUGACGCACGUCGCGACGCAGCACUCGCGCGCGUACUCGUACGCUUACAGGCGCGUGCGCGAGGCCUCCUCGCUCGUAGACGCGCGCAACGCCUGCGCACGCAACACACGGCUGCGCGGUGCGUGCAACGCAACGUUCGCGCAUUCCUCGCAGUUCGAGACUGGCCGUGGUGGCGGCUGCUCGUACGAGUCACGCCGCUGCUGGCUGUUCAUAGAACCGAACACCGACUUAAACAGGCUCAGGAUGAACUGGAAACCCUUAAGGCUAAAUUGGAAAAGGUGGAAAGUGAAAGAACGCAUUAUAAGAGUGAGUCGGAACGGCUCGAGUCUAAGACAAGAACAGAUCAGGUAUCCAUUUUGGAGACUCGGUUGCCAAAGAAGAAAAACAAAGAUCAAGUAUACUGCCUGCUGUAA